GAUAGCAAGCAGAGCACGAGCUGCAGCAAGGGAACAGGGGCAGGAGAAGGAGCAGGUACAGCAGCAGGAGCAGCAGGAUCAGCAGCAGGAGAAGGUGCAGGCAACCAUGGGGACGAUUGGUUAAGGGCAAACGAUGAUCGUAUUUGGCCAAAUUGGGAAGCAGCAACACAGAAAUCCGAAGAUAUAGACAUAAAUUGAAGUUUGAUGGGUGUAGAGAGAAAUAUUGUCUUCCUUAUCCUCAUGCUGUUGAAGAAUGCUUACGCUGUCUUCUGCUUCCAUUCUCCCCUGCAAGGAUUCAACCACCUGAAACCUAAGAACCGACUCUUCUACUCUCUAAGAAGCCAAGCGGCAUAUCUCAACGAGGAAACAUGGAGGGAAAAAGUCUGGGCGCACAGGAAGAGAGUCUACGAGCUGCUCUCACCGGGGUUCCUCAGAGGAGAGGAGAGGAAGGAGAGUUCAGAUAGAGGAGACAGUGCUGUAGAGUUUGCCGCCCUUGACCCCCACAACCCCAUCUACAACUUCCUGCUGGAAUACUACAACGUCAGAGGAAGGAAAGGCACCAAGAGACUUGCCAGGUGGAGUCCAGGCUUCAAUGUGAGAGAACGUCUUCAGCUGUUGCUGGGAGGAGGGACAGCUGCUGACGCCCGCGAGUUUCAGGUGUUCCUUGAGAACGCGUCAGAGGAGGAUGUUGAGGAAGCCUUGCUCUGCAGCAAGGGCACGUUCGUCACUCAUGAGGAGAUGGGGAAGCGAGGGCUAGUGUACAGCUUGCAAGAGCUGAGGAGUGCCGAUGAGCUUGCCACGUACAACUGGUACAAGUCGAUCUUGGCGUCGACAGCUGCGAACGCCCCCGUGCUGAAUUGCUAUGGACUGCAUGAGUGGGCGAUGCAAUACCAGCCAGAGGGCGAACCUGACCCUCCCAGUCGAUCUUAUCAGAAGCUCAAGCUGAGAGUAUCGCAACAAGUUAUCAACGAUGCUGUUGAACAAAACGUUGUUUGUUGCACACAUUUCGAUGCCCUACGCUUCUUCGCACCGGCGGCAAAGAAGCUGAACAAGCAUGAUCCCUCAUUUCUGUCGAGAGAGAAUCAACUUCUGCUCGAGAACCCAGCGUGCUUGCACAGCUCCAUGGAUCUGCUGAAGAUUGCGAUCAAGCUCUCUCCCUUCGGAGAAGCAGAAACUCUCGCUGAUGCACUUGAAGUCAGCAUAAUGUCUCGCACACUGGAUGUCGCGGCUUCACCUUACGAUGCGAGAGAUUACGGACUAUCUCCCAUCAUGAUCGAGACUGCCGAAGGGAAGAGCGUGUACAAGGCGCAACAAGUGAAGCUCUUCAACAGCUUUUGA